AUGAUCAAGAGCUGGUUCUCUUAUAUACUUGGAAUUGACCUGCAAAAUGAAGUCUUGGUCGUCUUUCAGACCACCUACGGAAGAGAAGACCAUGAGAGACAGGACAUAUUGACUUGUCAUAUCCACCCUACACAGUUAGAUAGAUUCUCUUUAACUGUUUUGAAGAAAGAUGCAACCAAAGUUAAUGGUCAAGGGGAUAUCAUAACUACAACUCAGUUUAUCAAAGAUGGUGAAAUUAUUGUUUCCUCUGGCGGAACAUUCGAAUUGGGUUUCUUCAGUUCAGGAGAAACUUCUACAAAUCGAUAUGUUGGAAUAUGGUACAAGAAACCUUCUGUUAUUACUCCAGUUUGGGUUGCUAAUAGAGUAGCUCCUGUCACCAAUAAAUCUGGGGUCUUGAAAGUCAUUCAGUCAGGUCUUGUUGUUCUUGUCAAUGAUACUAAUGCCACUGUUUGGUCAACCAAUUCAUCAACAACUGUGCAAAAUCCUGUUGCUCUGUUGCUGGACACUGGAAAUUUUGUGGUGAGGGAUGUAGAUGAUCCAAAUCCUGAAAAUUUCCUCGGGCAAAGCUUUGAUUAUCCUAGCAAUACAUUGCUGGCCGGUAUGAAACUUGGAACGGACUUGGAGACUGAACUAGAAAGGUAUCUUAGCUCGUGGAGAAGUAAUGACGAUCCUGCUCCCGGGGAAUAUACUUAUCACUGUGAUCCCACUGGUUAUCCGCAAGACCUUAUGAGAAAACGCCCUAAUGUGACUUUUAGAGCAGGGCCAUGGAAUGGUCUUCGGUGGAGUGGUGCACCCAACAUGGUGAACAACUCGAUCAUUUAUUUUGGCUUGAUCAUGAACAGUAGGGAAAUUAAUUACAAUUAUAAACUAGUGAACAAAUCAGUUAUUUCGACGUUAGUGAUAAAACCUUUUGGAAAAACUAUGCGUAUCAUUUGGAUUGAGAAGACUCAGAGUUGGUUUAACUAUCACUCUGCAGAUGCAGAUUACUGUGACACUUACAAGUUAUUGUUGCGGAAACCAAAU